AUAUUAAUCAUUAAAGUAAAAGUAAAAUUGUCAUCUCUUAUUAACUUCCUUUAGAAUGUUUGAAUAAAUUAAUGCAAUACGAAAGUUCCUCUUAUCGCACACAGUUGUAUCUGACGAUAUCUUUAUAUAUAUAUAUAUAUAUUUAAAUUAAUAACAGUUUAAAUCUAUUAAACCUGCUAAAUUAUUACCAUGAACAACGAAGAAAGUAUUAUAUUAGCUAACCGGCAGCAUGGAAAAUAUUUUAUGCGUUUUUUAAAUGUUUUGCCAGCGUCUCUUUCUUCUCAUGAUACCACUAGGGUAACCAUAGCAUACUUUGCUGUGUCUGGACUAGAUAUUUUAGGCUCCAUUUCUACUAUGUCUCUUGAACUUCAGAAUAGGAUUAUACAGUGGAUAUAUAGACUUCAAGUGCAUCCAGAUAAAGAUACCGGUGACAUGUCUGCUUGUGGAUUUCAAGGAUCAUCAACUGUGAACAUAGAUUUCAACUCACGGAAUAAGUUGUAUAGAUGUGGUCAUUUAGCGAUGACGUAUACCGGCCUCUGUAUUCUACUGGCGUUAGGCGAUGAUCUUUCGAGGGUUAAUAGAAAAGCAAUUAUUGAAGGUGUAAAAGCGUUACAAACCGAAGAGGGUAAUUUUGCUGCAACCCUAUCUGGCUGCGAGUCAGACAUGCGGUUCGUAUACUGCGCGGCGUGUAUUAGUUACAUACUUAACGAUUGGUCCGGGUUCAAUAUUAAAAGGGCUACGGAGUAUAUUCUAAAAUCUAUAGGGUACGACUAUGGAAUUGCGCAAUGUCCAGAAUUAGAGUCACACGGCGGGACAACAUUCUGUGCGUUGGCAACCCUGAGUCUAACUAACCAGCUAGACCAAUUAUCAGAGGCCCAGAUCGAGGGUCUCAAAAGAUGGCUUCUUUUACGGCAAAUAGACGGUUUUCAAGGGAGACCUAAUAAACCGGUCGACACCUGCUACAGUUUUUGGGUUGGGGCGUCUCUGAAAAUUUUGAACGCAUUGCAUUUAUCGGACUAUGCGAAUAAUCGUAGUUAUGUGUAUGAAACUCAAGACAUUGUUGUUGGGGGAUUUUCAAAAUGGCCGGACACAUGUACGGACCCGAUGCACACGUAUUUGGGCUUGGCCGGUCUGAGUCUUAUCGGUGAGAGUGGUUUGUUUGAAAUUGUACCUACGUUGAAUAUAAGUAAACGGGCGCAUGAGCAUUUAAAGACAUUGCAUGAACAGUGGGCCAGUUCAUAGUUUUAAUAUGUAUUUUUGACUGGUUAGGAGAUUUUGGACGGGAUAAAGUAUUAUUUAAGAAUCGAGUUAGCAUCUCGAUUGAUAAGAUGGUUUGUGCGGGAAACAUUUGAGAUGUGUAGUCGUAGCAAUGUUUAGUUAUCAUAAAAAAAUUCAGGUCGUUAUAGUGUGACAGAAAUCAUUUUGAUCAGAUAAAUAUUUUAGAGGAAAUAUUUUUUUUUAUACAAGACGCUCAAAAUGUUGUGAGUUGUAAAUAUAAUCUAAUUCCACAUUAAUUUAAAUUUAUCUAUCUAACAUUAAUUUAAAAAUUCUCUUUUCUUGAAGGACCCUAGGUUUAAUUGGUCCUUGUUAUGUUGGGCGUAUCCAAGACGUGUCUAUGGUAUACAAUCGAUUUUUUCAUUUAUUCUUAUAUAUCAUACCUUAAAUAUUUUGUCGUUCAUGCUGUUCAAGUAACGACAUGACAUAUAAAAAAAAAUUCUAUGAAAUUUUUUCUAAAUAGUUAAGACACGAUUUUUGCAGGUUACUUCUUUACUAUUGUUAUUUUAGACGAGUGUUGUGCGAUUCUGUCGAUCUCCUAACCAAUGUAAAAAUCCCGGUGCUGCCAUAAAAUAUGUGUUGUCAGUCCACAAUAAAAUUUUGCCUACACGCUCGAUUAAUUGUUGACUCAUGUUAUAUUUUGCAAUUGUUAGUACUUAAAGAGUUUAGAUAUUAGCUAGGUGCUAAAUUAUAUCGUAGAUAUGCGAACAACGAUUUUAUUUCGACUUUUUCAAAGAUUCAUUUUCUUGAGAUAGUUUAAGGCGUGCCGUGCCAUAUGUGACGGGCAUUUUAUGGAAGUAUUUAUUAUAAAUUGCACAAAUUUUAGUGUAAAUUAUACAAGUUUAAUUAUACUGCAAAAUACAUUGCUAAAUAUAUAUAUAACGCACAGGGUGUCAAUCAAUUUGUAAUUUAAGUGUGCAUUUUAAUGUUGAAUACAUAGGUAUAUUUGAAUGUUCUAGAAUAGGAAAUUGGUUUAUGGUGCAUAUUAAUUGGCUAAUAUAUGAUUUAUAUACUCUUUAAAAUAGGGUCCUAAAAAAACAAAAAAAUUUAAUUAUGUUUUAAAAAUGUUAAAAAUAAAAGUUUUGAAUACCUCUAAUUUUGUUGACAUUUUUGUUAGACAUUAACAGUUUGAUUGCUUAGACACUUGUUAUAUUGUCUCUUUUACUCGUUGCACAGUCUUGAUCUAAAUGUCACUCAUUUUGUUUGACAGAUUCGUUGCUAUAGCAACUAUAGUUACCAUUUCUUUGUUAGCCGUAAGUGUCUUUCGUAAUAUUUCGGAAAAAUCUAAAUUAUUGAUAUUUUAAAGUAAUAAUUGGGUCUGUUAAUAAAACAUUGAUCUACUUAGUAGUAAUUCUAAAAAGUUAAGUUAUAAUUAUUUAAUUAACCUUAUAUAGUUGCUUUCUUGGUUAAUUUGGUCCUAACAGAGAUGGCGCUACUAUAAGUUAGUAGUAAACCCGGUGAUUUCAAUAUAUAGAAUCCGUUUUACUUUUACUUUAUUCGUUUUAAGACGAAUACAUAUUUUAUAUAAUGGAGUUCCUUGCAUUAAUAGUUACUGGUAAACUAGUCGAACUUAUCAUAAUCAAUAAGAUUGUUUUGUUUCUACUUUAAAAUCUAUGAACUCUUUCAUGGAAGUUUAAUCUCAAAUUUUUAGUAUUAAAAGGUUUUGUUCUUAUUUGUUGUCACUUUGAACAUGAAUUAAACGUGACAAGUGUUUAUGUAUAAGACCGAAAAUUUAUGUGAUGUGAUAAAUUAUUCGACUUAAGUUCGUCCCCAACCAUUCUUCAACCGUUCCAUAGAUGGCGCUUAUAAGCAAAGUUAAAGGUUGAAGUGAAAUUAUAAUUAUCAGCAAUGAAUUAUCAACUUUGUUUUUUUUUAAAACAUUACGUCAUUAUAUAUAUUAUAUAGCAUUAUUAUACAACUU